CCGGAACCGGUUCGUAAAUUAGAAAAUAAAAAUGAUUGAGAACGAAAUCGACGAUUUUGAAGACACAGAAGUUAAAUUAGAGGAACCAAAGCCAGUCAGAUUAACAUUCCAUUUGAUAGCUAAGAGAAACUUACCAUUGGGGUAUGAUGAAAAUGAUCAUGAUCAAGUAUUGCAAGAACUGAACGCAAUAUCACGCAUUAGAUUAGACAGAGCAAAUAUUGGUAAAAUUGAUAGCUUUGAACUCCUGGGACCAAAAGUCACCAACCUCUAUCUGCAAGUGAACCUGAUAGAAAAGAUAGAGAAUCUCGAAUGUCUGAAGAAUCUGACAUUUUUGACACUUGCUGAUAACAGAAUUAGGAGGGUUGAAAAUCUCAACUGUUUACCAAAACUACAUUUCUUGGAUUUGUCUCAUAACUGUGUCUCACAGCAGAAUUUUGACAUAGAUGAAUUUCCACAGAGUCUGAUUAUUCUGAAUUUAAAAGGGAAUCCAUGUUGCAAUCAUCCUGAUCACAGAGGAAGAAUGAUUCAAGAACUGGUUAAUCUGAGACAACUUGAUGAAGUGGAAAUUUCAGCUAAAGAGAAAAGAGAAGUAGGAUUAGAGGCCAGUAGUGAUGAAGAGGAAGAAGAAGAAGUAGAGGAAGAAGAAUUAGUGUCAUCAAAUAAAAAGCCUCAAGAGAAAGAGUCUCUACAAUCCUUUUCAACUGAGAUUUUAAUAAGGUCACAGAGACGUAUGGAACAAGGCUUAAAGGACCACCAUAAUCAUACUGCUGAACUGGAACAGAUACGAGAACGAACUCAUUUACCUCUGUCAAGUCGCAGACCACAAAAGUCUUGAUCAAUGGAGAAUGUUAUAAUUAAUGCAUUAUGUGCCUUCAAUACAUGCAAUGUAAUCAGGCAAUCAACUGAUGUUACACAUCACAUAGGACAGUGAAAAAUACUCUUCAAAAGAGCAAACUUAACAAAACAAAAGUAAUGUGAUAUAAAUUAAUAGAGACCAAUGUCAAAGAGUACUGUAGAUAACUUUUACCGGUGUUUGCUGUCCAAAAGGAUCAAAAUAUCUCGAAAAGUCAGACAUAAUUUAUAAUUUAGUGAUUAAUUAUGUUAGUUUAUUGUUCAAUGUUGUAUUUUGCAUUCCAAAAAUCUAAACCCACCUGUUAUAUAUGUGAUUUGUUGUAUAUUUAUAGUUUUUUACUUUUAUUAAUAUUUAGUUUUAUAUUGCAACAACAAAAUUAUUAAUUUAAUAUUGAUAUGAAUGAUAAAAUAAAUUUAUAGUUUCAA